UUCUGUUUGUGUCUAUGGUCUGCGUGAUUUUUCCAUCAAUCAAAGAAAGUAAAAGAAAAAUAAAACGCGCGUCGUUAGUCACAUAUUCACAGAAUUGUGAUAAUUUUGUAAUUUUAUGCGUUAUUAUUAAUAAACAUUUGAUUAUUUUUUAAAACAAACUGGCCGUCAUUAUUAUUUUUAACGAAUUGAAAUAACAAACAAAACAAAACUAGAAGAGGUUAAGCAGUCAGCAUCAUGGUGCAGGCUACAGACGAAAUGGAGCAACCAGAUCUUCCACAAGCUGUUAAAUUGCUCAAGGAAAUGAAUACUAACGUCCAGCAAGUGUCACAGCUUGUAGACAACAUGCUGGUCAGAGUUAAAAGUGGAGAACUGUCCACAGAUAAAGGACUUAGCUUCUUGGAAAUGAAGUAUCAAAUGCUUCUUAGUUAUUUAAUAAAUCUGACCUAUAUAGUAUUAAGAAAAUGCUCUGGGGAAAGAAUAGAAUCAGAUCCAUCAAUUGAUCGGCUAAUUGAGAUAAGAACGGUUCUUGAAAAAAUUAGACCCAUUGAUUCAAAAUUGAAGUAUCAAAUUGACAAACUUGUUAAAACUGCUGUUAUUGGUGGCACAACUGAAGAUGAUCCCCAAUCAUAUCAUGCUAACCCUUCCAAUUUAGUAAGUAAAAUAAAUGACUCUGCUGAGGAGUCUAGUGAAUCUUCAGAUGAAGGCGAGGACAAAAAAGAUAAGGUCAGUAAAUCAAAUAUUUAUGUGCCACCUAAAUUAGCUGCUGUGCACUUUGAUGAAAAUACUUCAAGAAUUGACAGUGAAAAGAAAAACAAAGAAAAGUCCAAGAAGCAAUUCCUGAACUCAAGUAUUAUGCGUGAACUUAGAGAGGAAUAUUCUGAAGCUCCACUAGAAGUUGCCACAGGAAAUCACGUCAAGCAGUCUAUAUCUAAAUAUGAGCAGGAGAAAACUGAAUAUGAAGAAAAUUAUCUCACUCGUUUGCCUGUUACAAAAGCAGAGAAAAAUCGAAGGAAAAAGUUAUCUACAGUAGGAAUGAUAGCUGAUGAAAUCACAGGCACAAGUAGCAAUCGGUUGUCGAGGAAACACAAGAUGAAAUCUAAGAAAGGUAAAGGUUUUAAAAGAAGGCGUACCCAAUGAGAGACAUUCAAAAUUAUUAUAAGUUUAUUAUUGUCAGAUAUACCUGUGACAAAUCUUGUGACAGAAAAUAAUAGAUUACCUAAUUGAAUUGGCAACUACAGUCCUAUGUUUUAUUCAUAUGUGUUAAUGUUCAGAUGACUUACUCUUGAUUUAUGUUUGAGUGAUUAGUAUUGGUUAACGUUUUUUGAAUGUAUUGUUUCCGAAAAGUAAUACAUAGUGUAAUAUUCUAACUAAAAUAUGGUAGAAUAAUAUUCAUAUUAACUGUUACAAAAAUCUAACUAUUGUAAAUACUUAAAAAGCUUUGAAAUUCCAAUAUACAUCCUUAUGAUAGAUAGGAUAGGGCACAGGGUAAUUCUUAUUUUACAUAAUAAGCCCUAUUUAAAGUUUACUAUGGUAAAUUGAACCCACCCAAAACAAAAAUGUGAAAGACUGCCAAGUUCGAUAAUAUGGGAAUGCUUCGCCUAUAAAAGCAGUGAGAUCUGAAUAAGUACCAAGUUCCAUACACAUACCUCAGUUAAAAAUAGUUACUUUUUAAUGAUGUCACUUGGCAAGUUUUCACACUCCUUGUUAUAAACCUACUAAACGCAAUGAAUCAAGUAUUUAAUUUUCUAUUAAAACUUGCCAAGUAACAUCAUUAAAAAGUAACUAUUUUUAACUGAGGUAUGUGUAUGGAACUUGGUACUUAUUCAGAUCUCACUGCUUUUAUAGGCGAAGCAUUCCCAUAUUAUCGAACUUGGCAGUCUUUCACAUUUUUGUUUUGGGUGGGAUUUCAUUUAUUUUUGUAAGGUUGUUUAUUUUAUUUUUUUCUUAUGAUGAAGUUAGUUAAAGAAAUGUCUCAUUUAUACUAUCUUUCAGAUUUUUUUAUAUGCACUAUGUUUCUUACAAAGAAAUGAACUAGAUUAACUAAAUGGACUAGAUUUACCAACUGACUGACAUGACAUGUUAUCAUAUAUUAUGUUCGUGGAUCAAAGUUACACAUUUGUUAUUUUCGAAAGUGAUUCACACUUGGCCGUUUUCAGAUUUUUACUUUACUUUGACUAAAUACAAUCCUUUGUAACGAAUUUCAGAUCGGUACGAAGAUAUAUUAUAUAAAUAUAGAUAAAUUUAGUUCGUUUUAGUUCCUUAGGGGUAUACAUUUACACCGGGUAUAAAACACCUUCAUUAUUUUGAAACCGACUCACACUUGGCCUUUUUCAGAUUUUUCCCUUUACCUUGACAUAAGGACCUACCUCCAUGCCAAAUUUCAAGUCAAUACGACCAUUGGAAGUGAUCUAGGUUUUUGAUGAGUGAGUCAGUCAGUCAGUGAGUGUAUAGUAAAAAUAGCGAUUUUCUGACGGCAAUAUCUCAAGACCUACAAUAGGUAUAUUAAUAAAAUUUUGUAUUUUAGAUAAGUGAGGGGGUCUCAACAGAUACUAGAAAUUUGAUAUGCGUAAAUAAAAUAGAUUUUGAGUUACAGGGGGGUCGAAUUUGGCCCGAAAUGGUUCGUGUAAUAUAACCCACGGCCGGUGUGUCGCUUUUUUUGCUCGAACUUGGCGGACACACUGCCGUGUGUCUAGAUUAUUAAUAAGUAAUAAAUACUAUCAAAGAAAAUAAAAUCUUAUAAAGAAUUCAUAGGUUGCUAAUUUUCAUUAAAUACUAUUGGCCUAUAUAGGUUUCCUAUAACAGUGCAGCACCAUAAUUUUUGGUACCAGAAUAAUUUAUCACCAGUUAAAUUGCGAUGAAAAUCAAGUUUGAACACAUUACCUAAUUGCUGCAGGUUAUUGAUGGAUAAGAAACUUCUCAUAGAGAUAAUAAUCUUUAAUUUACAUUUAGCUGAAUUUACAGUCAUGGGUAAGCUAUUUUGGGAUUCACAUACAACUGCUUUACAGUUCUUGCAAAUAGCAUUCCUCUACUAAAAUCGGACCUCCGCCACCCGCUGAUACCUAAAUUUGGUUUCGUUUCGCAAAAACUAGUUCUCGCCGUUUACUUAUUUGCCAUCAUCGUUUGUAAUUAUUCCAUGAUUACAGAGCUUUCACACUAGCAAUUUUGGGCGGCAACGUACCAAAAUUGGGCGUAUGUCGCACUACCAAACAAUUGACAACUAUUGGUUCGAAAAAUGCUAAAGUGCUAAAAUAAAUUGAAAUUCGGACAUACAAAAGUGUGAAACUGAAUCAAUCAAGUUAAUCCAUAAUAUACUCUUACAGCUACUUUCGUUUUGGUUACAAUGUUAAAUGUCCAUUGUAUGCCCGAUUUUCGAAAUUAGCGCUAAAGACAUACAUAGUGUAAUGUUCCUAUACUGUUUAUUGAUCCAUACAACGUACGUUACAUUUACUCAAAUUUUUAACUAAUCUAUGUUUAUUAUUUUACUCAAUAAGUUGUUCAUUUAAUAAUUUUUGCAUGUUUAUUUGGAAAUAUCAGCCAAAAAUGUCGAACACUGCUUUAUUUGUGUGCGCAGUUUUCAAACGUU